AUGGAAAAAUCUAGACCAAGGAUCCGGCGGUUCGUGGACCCUCUGACCUGCUGUGAGCGCUACUACACUCCCAGGGGGCGAUUUGUCCACACACACCCCCGCGGGCCCUGCUCCGACUGGGCCACCGACUUCGGGACUCCGUGGUGGAAGGACAGCCGGUACCAGGUGGGGCUGCUGUCGGACAAGGUCAGGUGGAUCCGGAUCGUCAACACGCUGACGUCCCAGGAGCAGCUGCUGGAGGUGUGCUCUGAGGAGACUCUGGAGGAGAUCCUGCACCGUUACCGGCGCUACAACAGCCAUGCCCACAGCUACACCUGGAAGCACCUGGGAGAAGUUCUGGACAUGACCAAGACGCUGAGCCAGAACGGCGUGGUGGACGAAGACCCGGAGCUGGACCGGCUGAGGCUGGACCGGGACAUCUUCACCCCCUCCAUCCUGCUCUACUUCAACGAUGACCUCACAGAGGGAUGAUGUCAUCGCCAUGACGCCAUCCUGGGUACGAGAUCCAGAUCUGGACCAGAUAAGUUCCCCAGGAUGAACCUGAGGAUCCAGCAGACUGACUCAAACAGCUUCAGCUGGUUUUCUUUCAGAGACGAUGAAGUAAAGGAUGAUUGGAAACUGUUUAAAGUCCAUAGUCGGAAUUGCUCUUCUUUCCAUCCCAUCAGUUUUGUUGGUGAAUUCAAGGAAAGUGUUUUUAUUGUGGGUCAAAUAAAUAUGUUUCUUUUCUCAUCCAAGCAAAGGACUCAUUUCUGAUUUAGACUCUAAUCAAAGCGUUCCUCUC